CAAGGCUUGUUUGACCAUAUGUCGCACAAUGCAAGUUCAAAAGUAAAGGAGAGGAAACUGCAAGGGUCUUCUCCUCCGGUUUGUCGAGGAAACUUUGGAAAACCAUGUCUGAGUGCAAAUAGUCAUAGCUCACCAUUUUUUAAUCCCCGAAAUGGUUUUCACACGAUACAUUCAGACCAUAGCCCUGCGAAGCCAAGGAUUGUUACUGUGGUGAAACCCAGCGGACACACACUCAGAAAGAUAACCUUGCUUCUGAACAGGAGAUCAGUCCAGACUUUUGAACAACUGAUGGCUGACAUUUCAGAAGCUCUGGGAUUUCCACGCUGGAAGAAUGACCGUGUGAGAAAGCUUUACAAUCUGAGAGGUAGGGAAAUCCGAAGCGUUUCUGACUUUUUCAGGGAAGGUGAUGCCUUCAUAGCUAUGGGGAGAGAGCAGCUCACUUUGAAGAAUCUGGAACUGGUAAUACAAGAACUUUACCCUGAUAAUCCUUAUGCUGUCAGUGCAAUUCAGCAGAAUGAGGAGCAGUCCCAAAAACUGAAGAGCCGGCUGUAUGACAAGACUUCAAAAGUGGACAGUGGCUUUGAUGAGACAGAAGUUGCCAAGAACUGCAGUGAUGCCACGUCUCCCAAGCUGAUAGCUAGACGUGAAGGAAAAAGUCGAGCCAAGACAAAGCAAGAGGAAAAGAUGAGAACCAAAAAAAAGUGGGCUAGAGAAAGCUGGGAUAGUGAGCAAGUGUUGAAGCCUUUUAGAAAAGCCCGAGAAGGUGAGAGGUCCUGUAACCAAGAGAAAAGUCCUGAGAAAAGAAUAGAAGAGAGUUCAGAGGAAGUAAUGAGAUGUGAGAAGUGUGAACAGGAAAGGCAGGCCAGAAAGAAGUUACAAAGGGAAAGGCAGACUGAGACCUCAUUUGAGAACAGAGACCUCAACACAGGCACAUGUCAGAGGUACCAUGUAGAAAGAAAUGCAAAAGUCAAGAAUUGCCGAAAAUUUUCAGAAAUUUCUCUGGAGGCUGAAGAAGUUGGACUGAAGAAUAAUGGCUGUAGGAAGACGUGGAAGCACUUACAUAGGAAUGUUAAUGAAGAGCUGGAAAAGCAAAAAAGAAGCGCUGAGAAGGAAAGGGGUCUAGAGAGGCAUGAAAGCCAUGAGAAGGAAGCAGUAAAAAUCAAGAAGAAUGCUGUAGAAGCAUGGCAGGUAACUCAUGAAGUGAAGGAAGAGAAUGGAAGUAGCUGUGUAACUGACCAAAGUGGUUGGCUAAUGAAGGACACUCCAAGAGAUGCAGAGAGACCACUGAAAACACAUAGGGAGGGCAGAGAGGGGCAAAGGGCUAAAGAGGAGGGUGCCAGAAGAGAGGGGGGUGCCCUACACAGAGGGAAUGAUGUGAGACGACCAGAAAAAGCAGGAGAGCGCAGAAUGAAUAAAGAGGAAAACAAGGCUCAGGGAUUAGAAAACACAAGCCGGAGGCACGCUAUUAAAAGCAGAACUGAUGUGGAAAACCACUACGAGAUUGGCAGGACCAUUGGAGAUGGGAACUUUGCAGUGGUGAAGGAAUGUCGCCACUGCAUCUCCAAUGAGAUCUAUGCCAUGAAAAUUGUUGAUAAGUCCAAGCUGAAGGGGAAAGAAGACAUGAUGGAAAGUGAGAUUCUGAUCAUCAGGAGACUUUCUCAUCCCAAUAUAGUAAGCUUAAUUGAAGUGUAUGAGACAGAGGCUGAGAUUUACCUAAUCUUGGAGUAUGUUCCAGGUGGGGACUUAUUUGAUGCAAUCAUAGAAAGUGUGAAGUUCACAGAACACGAUGCUGCUGUCAUGAUCACUGACCUGUGCGAGGCAUUGGUUUAUAUUCACAGCAAAAACAUUGUUCACAGAGACCUCAAACCAGAGAAUCUUUUGGUUCAGCAUAACGCAGAUAAAUCUACUACACUGAAACUAGCGGAUUUUGGCCUUGCAAAGCAGGUUACGAAACCCAUAUUUACUGUGUGUGGAACGCCAACAUAUGUUGCCCCUGAAAUACUUGCUGAGAAGGGUUAUGGGCUCGAAGUUGAUAUGUGGGCAGCUGGUGUGAUCCUUUACAUUCUCCUCUGCGGUUUUCCCCCUUUUCGCAGUCAGGAACGUGAUCAAGAAGAGCUGUUUCAGAUCAUACAGCUGGGUCAUUAUGAGUUCCUUUCCCCAUACUGGGACAAUAUUUCUGCAGCAGCAAAAGACCUCAUAACUAGGCUGUUGAUAGUGGAUCCCCAAAAGCGCUACACAGCACGACAAGUGCUUCAGCAUCCUUGGAUCAGAACAGCUGGAAAAACUAACAACAGAAAUUUGCAGAGGGAAGUGACAAAAAAUAUUGAGCGUCAUUUCCGGACCCAGCGCCGAAAGGAAGCUGCAGAUGAGGACACCUGAAGUCUCUUCAAGCUAAUCUAGACUCUUUUUUUUGGAAUAACUAAUGACUUUUGAUUUCUUUUCUAAAAGAAUUGAGUCUUUAGUAUACAGUUGUUGCUGGCCAUUGCAAGGCCUUUUUUUUGUUUGUUUGUUUUUUUUUUUCCCUGUCUGUGAGAAGAGGACAGGAAUGAAAUUCUGAUCCACCUCCCUCUGAUGUUACUUGGAAGUCUUGCUGUUGACAUCAGUGGGAACUGGAUCUUUUCUGGAGGGUAUCCUUUAUUUUUUGUUACAGACUGAUUAGGGCUUUUACAUUACAAAAUAUGCAUCAUUUUUAGGUGACAAAUGUUUGCUUCUGUGGCCAGCAUUAGUGAUGACAGUGAGGUGCUUUCUCUAUCUUUCUGUAGAAUACCUUCUAGGAGUUUUGUGUCUAGUGUUGUCAAAAUGGCUGUCUGCAUACACAUCCUGAACUAAUCCUCUGGAUUUUUUUUUCACCAAUUCGUAUAAGCAAUGGAGAAGGUGUGGGGAUAAAACAGUAAAGAAAUAUAUCCCUUAGCUGUAAGAUAUGUUAAGUAAAAGGUAAGAUACUAUUUAUUAAACUGUGAGAGAAGAAAAAUCAUUAUAGACGAAAUUAGAUAUUUUAUCAUCUCCCUUGGCAGCAUCUUUUGUUAGAUGUUCUCAGAGACAGGGCAAUAGACUGUACCAUGUAUCUGUUAAACUACGGUAGUUUCUGUGUAGUAUGGUAAUUUUAUGUCUGUGAGAAGAGAUGGAAAGAUGGCUGAUGUAUUUUCAGGACUGUAAUAGUACCUUGCAAAGUACCUUUCUUCCUACUCUUGGAAGUAGAAAGCUAGGCAAUUUCUAAGAUAACUUUACUUCUUUUUAUGAAGGUACAGGUAUGGAAUUAUUACCCAUACUUUUUUCAUGCUGAAUUUCUUCUCGGGAGCCAUCUAUAUGCGUCUGUGACUCGUCCAUGCUGAUGGAGAGAAAACUAGGAAGCUGCUUUUGCGACUUUCUUAUGUUAGCUCUCAUCUUUAUUGUUCUCCUUCCAUCAACACACUUGGCAGCUGAAUUGCUUUUAUACACUUUUUUUGGUGUAGCUUACCAACUUCCUUUUUUCUGUUGCCUCCCCUGAGAACUUUGUCUCAUUGCUUCCAUGAGAAUGGGCAAUGGGAUGAAAUUACAUUGAAGUUAAACUCAGAAAAAACAGCUUCUUGCUAUUCUAUGGAAAGGUCCCCUGGGGGAAGUGUCAGAUGCUUCAUUGCUUAUGUUACUUGUAAUUGGAUUGGAUGGAGUUUUAAAGAAAUCCUAUGGGGAAAAAUUCAGUCCUGAAAAUGGUCAUGACUUAGAACAGCUUCUGGAUCUUGGGAUUUUUGGUUAACUAAUCAAACCCGAAAAGCAUAUUUGUUGUCCGUUUUAUAAUGCUUUGUCCAUGAGUUUCAUAUGUUAGCAAAUAAUAUUAACAUUAAAAAUAUCAGUAGUAUUAGUGUUGAAUUCAUGGUUCAUAGAAAUGAAAUGAGAGUAUUCUACAGUGGCAGAGCUACUGUUCUGCAUAUAUAUUUCAUAGUGAGGGAGGUCAGAAGCAUUUCGGAAUCAGAACUGCAUUUUCAUAACUAUAUGAACCAGAAUAUUAUUUUUACUGAAUGAUAAAAUUAUGUAACCUUUUUGAAUUACCAAAAAGUGUGAGUACUGCCAUCAUGUUUCUGUUUCAACUUGUGAUUAUUUCGCAGCAAGAAUGAUGUGUCAAGUAGAGACAACUUAGCUCUAAAUGGAGAAUUGCACUUUCAGCUUCCUGGUGCAUUUUUAACGCAUAUUGGAUUAAGACUUGCUGUGGAAUUCAACUAUUUAUAAAACAAAAUGUCAAAUCUUUA